AUGACUGAUUUGUGUAAACGAAAGAAUUGUAGACGUCCUCAUGUGGUGGUAGCAACACCGGGUCGUCUAGCUGAUCAUAUCCGAAGUGAACCGGACGGAUUGGCGAAACUGUUCUCGAAGAUCGCCUUCUUGGUGCUCGAUGAAGCCGACAGGCUGCUCGACGGUCAAUAUGCCGAUCAGGUUUGGACAUUACGAGGAGAUUUAAUUGUUUUCUGUUGUUGA